GAGGUGUGUGCGUUGGAAAAUGAACAUCAGUGAAUGAAAAAAGCGCUCUGGAAGUCACUCAUUGCCCACAGAAACGGUGCCGGUUAUGUAACUCUAUUUCAUGUGUAAGGCAAGGAAGGCAAAUAAGCGCUCUCGGUGCUUCUCGUCGCUGGAGGUUCCUAGCAACUUUUCCGUUGAAGUCGGUUUCUCAUCGCUGCCUCUGAUUAGAUUCUCCUGUUUCCAUCACUGUCUACAGGAAGAAAGAAAGUUCAAUGCCAAUGUACUUUAGCACUUUUGGCUGCAACUCAGGAGUCACGAUAUCUUGAUGAUAUAUGCUCGUUUUUGGUAUUUAAACGCUGGCCAGCCAUCCGGACAUAACCUCAGCAUCUUAUCGGCUGCCAAUCAUCAGUAGGCCAGCACCGGCGGCCAGCCAUCAGAGAUUUGUGAGUAGUGGCUAACCACUAGCAUUAGGUGGUUAGCGUGCGGCGUCUAUUAGCAUUUCUGUGGGUGUUUAGAGUGGAGAAGACGCGAAUGGGACACGCCAGCCUUCGCAGACAGCCUGAAUGGGAGAAGGAGUGAGCAUGGACAACCUUUCGGAGUUUGGAGGCCUUUGUCCGUCCAGCCGGAGGGAAUGGGACACAAGCAGUUGUGUGGAUGAUUUAAUGGACGAAGAUGAGAAGGACAGAGCAAAAAGGGCGUCCCGGAACAAAUCGGAGAAGAAGAGGCGAGACCAGUUCAAUGUUCUCAUUAAGGAGCUGUGUACAAUGCUGCAGGGUCAAGGUCACCCCCGCAAGAUGGACAAAUCCACCAUCCUGCAGAGGACCAUCGACUUCCUGCAAAAACAGAAAGAGAUCACGGCACAAACAGAGUCUUGUGAGGUCCGGCAGGACUGGAAGCCUUCUUUCCUCAGCAACGAGGAGUUCACCCAGUUAAUGCUGGAGGCGUUGGAUGGUUUUCUAAUAGCUCUUACCACAGAUGGGAACAUCAUAUAUGUAUCUGACAGCGUCUCGUCUCUCAUUGGCCAUCUGCCGUCAGAUAUGGUGGACCAGAACAUCCUGAACUUCCUGCCAGAGCGAGAGCACGCAGAUGUGUAUAAACUCCUGUCUUCACACAUGCUUCUGACUGAGUCUUCUACUGUAGACCUGCUCAACAGCAAUGAGACACACGUCGAGUUCUGCUGUCAUAUAGCGAGGGGAAACAUUGACCCGAAAGAACCGCCUACGUACGAAUAUGUCAAAUUUGUUGGAGAUUUCAAGUUUCAUAAUAAUGUGCCUCUGUCUUCAUGUAAUGGUUAUGAUCUGGCGUUUCCUCGCACGCUGCAGUCCUCAAUAGAGGAGCAGGUCUGCCUCGUGGCCACAGUCAGACUCGCAACCCCUCAGUUCCUCAAGGAUCUUUGCAACGUGGAGGAUGUGUGUGAUGAAUUCACAUCAAGACACAGUCUGGAAUGGAAAUUUCUCUUCUUAGAUCACAGGGCCUCUCCUAUCAUCGGGUACCUGCCGUUUGAGGUUUUGGGGACCUCGGGUUAUGAUUACUACCAUGUGGACGACCUGGAGCUGAUUGCUCAAUGUCAUAAACAAUUGAUGCAGUGUGGGAAAGGAAAGUCUUGUUACUAUCGGUUCCUGACUAAAGGACAGCAGUGGAUCUGGCUGCAGACGCACUAUUACAUCACGUACCACCAGUGGAACUCCAAACCUGAGUUCAUCGUCUGCACACACAGCGUGGUCAGUUAUGCUGAAGUUCGAGCGGAGAGAAGGAGAGAGUUUGGAUUGGAGGAGAGCUCAUCUGAUAUGGCCACAUCCUCAAUCAAAGGCCAGGAGGUGUUUUUGGACAUGUGUCCUCCUCUGGAAGCUACACGGGACAGAAUCAACAGCGCUCGAUCAGUGUCAUCACAGAGCUCCAGAAAAUCAUCACACACAGCGCUCUCCGACUCCGCAUCGAACUCCUCAGUGAGAUACACAGAAGCAUGUACGUCAUCCCGGCAGUCUGCUUCCAUCGGCCCUGAGAAGAGCUCCAACAGAAUGACACACACUGGAACAAAGACCCUGAUUCAGAGACAGAGCUCUUCAGAGCCCCCGUCACUCUCUCCGUCCUGCAGUCAGCAUUCAGCCAUGACUCAGUCCCUGUACAGCUUCCAGCAGCCUCAGUUAGGUGUCAUGCAUCAGCUAAAGGAGCAGCUGGAGGAGCGAACGCGGAUCCUACAGGCCGACAUCAAAACACAACAGCAAGAGCUGCACGACAUUAAAGAGAAGCUGCAGCUCGCCAACCUACAGAUGUUACUCCAGCAGCCGAUACAGGGAGAGUUUGCUGGUUCUGGUCCACAGCAGCAGGGUCCAGGCAGGCCGGCUCAACAAAACACACACCCUAAACCUCAACACUGUGUUUCACAUUCAUCACACACACUACAACCCAACAGCUCAUCCACUCAGGGGCAGCAGAGGCUGGUUCAGGCUGGACACAUGCAGGCCGUCAGUGUUCCAAUGCAGACACACACCAGUCUGACCACACCCUUCUACAGCAACCCCAUGAUGUUCUCCCCCAACCACGGACACCGAAGCCAACAUGACACACACUGCCAAAGAAACACACACGCCGACUACAGCCAGGACGGACAGCUACGGAUGCUGCUAAACCAGCCAAUGCAAACACUUGUACAAGACAGCAAUGGGGGGCCCCAGUCUUCCCAAUGCACCUCAACUAUUCAACAAACCAAAUAUCCUCUGGAGCAGCAGAUGAUGGCUCCUUCCUUCCCUGUGCAGCAGGUGAACUGUAACGCUGUGCUAGUCCCCUCCCCCGUCUUCACCUCACCAAUCAUGAUCCCCCAUAAUAGUUUCAUCACCCAUCAGACCACCCCCACCUACACGACUCACCCGCCGGUUGCCCCACACAGCUUACCACUACAGCAGCCUCAGCAGUUCUUUCAGAUGCAGCCUCAGGGUCUGAUUCACGGCACUCCCACUCAGGCCUUAUUCCACACCCCUAGUGUUCCACAGCAAAGCACUGUGGGAUACGUACAGCCACAACAGCAGCAGCAGCAACAGCAGCAUCAUCAUCACUCCCAGUCUGGCAACCUGUCGGACUACAGAAACAUGCUCCCUCGGUAGCCCCGCACCACGGGACAAGCCAAGAGGCUGCUGGGAAAGCGCGUUGAGCGAUUAGCUCUGAAAGGUAUGAUGGGAAGGGACUCUCUCGGCUCAGGGGAAGGCUCAUUCCCGAGCCAAACCAAAUCGAGAAAGCCAAAGUCCCUCAAAUUCCCAUGACAGCAUAUGAUGGUGAUAACGCCACGAGGCUCAAGGGCUCGGCCUGGCCCAGACUGCACGCAGAGGAUGCUGGGAUAUGUAGGAAGAGCCCACGGGGCGUGACCCAGGGGCGAGACGGGGGUCACAGCAGUCGAGCACAUGCUCCGAUCGAUUGAUAAAGGACAGAAAGCCAUGGAGGCUUGUAAUGUUACAGCUGGUUGACGUUAUCUAGACUUUUCAAUAGACAAAUCUAUGAAUCAAGUAAUGCCUUGACAGAGCGUAAACUCGCUGCACGUGCUGUCACAUGUUCUGUUCUCACACUCGUUCUACAAAAGAAAACGCCCACAAACAAAUCAACUGCUUUCAUUCAUCAUAUUUCAUGUGCUGAAGGGAAGAGCUAGGCACAGUUCAGCGAAGACCCAAAUCUAUUUCAAAAACACAUCAAUUUGGCGUCCUGUUAACGUGCGUACCAGGUUCAGUCCCCUCCUGUUGUUACGUUAACAGAAAGAAACUUGAAUCACAUUGUACGUUUCAAAUGUAAACGAUUUAAAAGUUGGCACUAGGGCAAAAUUUCCUGCUGUUGAGUUCGACUCAAACCCUGUUACUCUUUGUUUCUGGAUUCACUGUACUGUAUAUAUAGUUCCUCCACAAAAUGAGUUCUGAAUGACCAGAUUUCAGUAGCUGUAUUUCAAUUUUGGUGUCUAAACCAGGAAACUCCUCAGGAGAAGGUUUUCGAAUGGUUUUGAUUUUUUUUCAGACGUGCAUGUGGUCCGCAUGUCAAUUUGAUGUCAUGUCAGCACGAUGGAUGUGCUGUAAUGUUGAGUUUCAGUAUUACACAGGGUUGAAGCUCUGUCUAAUUCAUGCUUCAGAGAAGAGGACUUUGCGAUUGUUGUACGGUGAUGGGUUGAAGCGCUGCUGCAGUGUAACUGUGCACAGAUGAAGAUAAAAUUAUAGAACGGCUCGAAUGACUGAAGGCAAUCAUGAUGUCUGGUAUGUGAAAAGGAAAAGGUUUUGAUCUGCCUGUGUCGUUUGGACUGUGUUCCACAAAUAUAAGUCAAAUAUUAGCAAUUGUUUUUCCAUUUUAUUUUAUUUAAAAAAUCUAUUUAAUCUUUAGGGAGUUGACACAUUAGUGUCAGGCAAAGGGCGAAACUUGAUAUUCUGGAAUGUUGUGAACACUCAGACAAAAACAAACAGAAAUAUAUAUAUAUAUAUGACAAUCAUAAUUCAUUUCUUCUUUGCUGCGCUUUCCUCUGUCCUGUCAUGCGUUGCACAUCUAAAGACUGGUGCUGAUUAUUUUAUUUUUUUAAAACUUAGAAAAUUCUGUUCAAGAGAGUCUAAGAUCAUGUGCCCUUCUGCAUGUUGUGCAAUGCGAAUCAAAAAAACAGAAUGUGUGUAAUUUAUAUUUAUAUACGAGAUUUUUUGGUUUCUAGUCAUGUUAGCUUUCUUGUGUUCACAAGAAAAACUUCAUAUUAGUAAAAGCCAGUGUGCUGCUUGAAUGAAAACGGAAAGUAUUUUUGUAUGAAAUAUCCUUGACAUUCCUUCAGUCACUGAAGUGUGAAAGUCCCAGACGCGCUCAGGUGUGACGUCUUGGCGCAGACGUCUGGAGUUUGCUAAUCUUUUGAUCAAAUCAGAUGUCUAUUGCUGAUCAAACUACACUCAAAGGAAGCACUCCAGAGAUUACUUUAUACACCUUCUAAUAUCAAAUUUCCCAUUACUGAGAGCUGAUUGACGUCCUCAUUUGAACUGUUUCUCAAAGGUUUAUGAACGACGUAACUGCUUCUUCUCAGCGUUUAGUUCUGCCUCCCCUGAGUGCACUAGAGAAGAUGAGGAAGAUGUUUAGUGGGUUUGUGUUUUAGAUGCUGGUUAGACACAAACAGCACAGAUUAUGACGUGCCAGUGCCUCUUGUUUAAUCACCUGCUGUUCUGAGAUUAGCAUUGGCUAACAAAAAAUGCUUUUUAUUGCUAUAGACAUAAGAGAAACUAUUAUUUUUGAGUCAGAUUUAACUUUUUAUUUUUUCAGGGGAGCAUUUUGGCUGGUUACUAGAUGGUCAUUAUCUGGUAACAUCUAGAAUCAGUUACCAGUGUAGUCUAUAGAAAUUUGAUAGAUGGAAUUAUAUGCAAAUGAUAUACUUGAUAUACAAGUUCAUAUUUGGAUUUCAUAUGAUACAUAUAUUAAUAUGUCAAAUAUAUGUAGGAAACAUAUAUUUCGAAAUAUUGCAAAAAUGGCCAUUUAAUUUUUUUUCCAGUCUUUGGAAUUUGAAAUAUGUAAAUAUAUUGCUAAUA